AUGUAUUCUCCAUCGUCAAAUGUAACAAUUGAUGAUUUAGUUAUUGAUAAUGCUGCUUUAUAUGAAUCAAUUCGUAAAUCAUUUACACGUGAUCCAUUUGAUCAUUAUGUUAAUGGUAUAUGUGGUUUAUUCAUUUGUUUUCUUGGCAUAAUUAGUAAUGCACUUAGUUUUUCAAUAUUAAUUCGUCGUACAAUGCGUCUUUCAACUUAUGUUUAUUUAGCUGGUUUAUGUUUAAGUGAUUUUACAGCUUGUUUUUUUUUAAUACCUGGUUAUAUAUUAUAUGCAUAUCCAAUAAAUAUACCUGAUUAUGAAUUACCAAGAACUUAUACUUAUACACAAAUAAUAAUAAUAACAGCUGCAAUAAGUACAACAGCUCGUGUUCUUAGUGUAUGGCUUUGUGUAGCUUUUACAAUUGAUCGAUGGAUAAUGAUAUGUCGACCAUUUGAUGGUCCAAUUUAUUGUACAAUGAAGGCUGCUAGACGUGUUACAUUUAUUAUUUAUAUAGUUGGCCUUUUUUAUGCUCUUCCACUUAUGUUUGAAUAUGAACCACAUGAAGAAACAGUUUUAACUGAAUUACCUUUAGAAGAUCAUAAUAAAAAUUUUUAUCGUUAUAAAUUAAGUAAUUUAGGAAAAAAUUCUAUUUUUCGCUGGAUUUAUGUUUUAAUAAAUGCACUUGCUGUUUAUGUUAUUCCAUUAACAACUAUAAUUAUACUUAAUAGAAAAUUACUUUUAUCAAUUCGUUUAUUAGAACGUCGUUCAGCUGAAUAUAAUGCACCAUUACCAACUAAACAAGGUAUAACAAUAAUGUUACUUGCAACAACAAUAAUGCUUCUUGUAUUUCGAUCUCCAUCUGCUGUUAUAUCAGUUAUGUGGUUAAUUAGUGCUAAAAUGUUUAUUAAUGAAAAAUCACCAUUUCGUUUAAGAAAAUUUCAUUCAAUUGCAAAUUUAUUCGCAACAUUAAAUGCAGCAACAACAUUUAUUAUGUUUAUUAUAUAUGGAACAAAAUUUCGAUCAGAAUUUACUAAUGUUUAUUGUUUUUGUUUAAAUAAAAUAAAAACAAAUGAAAAUAAAAAUAAACAAAAACAAGAACAAGAAGAAAAACAACAAAUGAAAAGAUUAAUAUCAAAUGAUUCUAUUCAAAAUCAACAACUUAUUAACAAUCAUAUUAAAAAUCAAUCAAAUAAAAUAUUUCGUCAAGAAACAAUUCAAUCCAAUGAUAAUACAACAAUAACAACACCAACAACAACAAGAAAUUCUUUUCCAUUAUUUAAAAUUCUUAAAAGUCAACGAAGAAAACGACAAUUUUCUCCUGAACAAGAAUCUGAUUCACAAAAUCAUAUAAAUAAUAAUAUGAAUAAUGAACAAGAACAUAAUCAAGUUCGAAAUAUCGAAAAUGAAAAUCAUUCAAAUGAUAAUCAGAGAAAAUCAAUUACAGUAGGAGUAUCAUAUGAUGAUUGUCUUAAAAGACUAAUCAAUUGUCGAUAA